CCGUGCUUUGCGGGAGGGGGAGAGAGAGAGGUGAGCUCAAUUUGGUUGGCCAAGCAACGCAACUGCAAAGCAAGGCAAAGCUCACUCGUCCGGCAUCUGCACUACCGUCCUUGCCACAUCAUCAACAACAUUACCAUCACACUCGAGCGGCCCCUUGUCUCGUAUCGAUACCCUCUGACGCUGCUCAACGACCGCCAAGCCAGAGCAAGCAGCACUGCCCGUCGGCCCAGGCAGUUCGCCAAUCAUCACCAUCUUCGACCGGCGGCCCGCCCUCAGUGAGCGGUACGUAAGUGGUUCGUCGAUCUCCGCCGUCCCUUAGCAUCAGCGUCAUCAUCAUCAUCGCCGGCGUCGGCGUUGACGGACAUCACACCACCACGAGGCAGCAUCGAGGCCAUCCAGUCGCGGCAUUAUGACGGCCGCGACCUCGAACCCAUCCUCCUACGCCUCUCCCUCCUCCUCCUCCUCGUCGUCGAGCCGACGAUCGCCGUACACUGGAGGUGGCAGCAACGGCGGCGGCGGCGGCCCUUCCCAUUUGCCAAGUUCAGCCUGGUCAACGAAUCGCCCCUCUCAUUCGCCCUACAGCUCUCCGUCCCUGGCAUCGAAGCCAUUACCCCUCCACCCGAGCGAGCAUAAUCGACCCCCUCCGCAGCAGCACCAACAGCACGCCAAUUACUACAGUGGCAGCGGUAGUGACGACCACAUAUAUCAAAAGGCUUUCGCCCUCUCGCGCUCAACAUCAGUGCGCAGAGGCCAAGAAGGGCAAGACGGCAGCAUGAAGCGCUACCAGCUCGAGGACGACGGCCCCAUGGCCUCGAGGUCCUCCUCGCAACGCCCUGAAAGCGGACAACUGCUCUCACGCAACGCAUUUCGCGACUCGGUGGCAAGCGAUGCGUCCUUCAACACCAUUACAGGGCGCAGUGAUCGGGAGUCCAUCGCAUUCGGCGGCCCCUCGAUGAGCAGUCGCAGCCCAGCGCUCCAUCGCCGCGACUCAGUGGACACCGUCAAGACUGCCGAGUUCGAUGAGGGAGGGAGGUGGGGACGGGCCUGGGCAGACAGGGCGGAGGAUGAGGAGUCGCUGUAUGGGGGCAGUGAGUGGGGCAGUGGUUCGGGAAUCGGGGACGGGUAUGAUGAGGAUGAGGACGAAGAUGCGGGGGGUGGGAUCAUGGCGGGUAGAGCGGGCGGGACUGGUGGGCUUGAUGCGUUGAGACAGCUGGCCAGCGGCAAGGGAUUGGAGGGACUGCAUCUGGUUGAUGUGCCAGGAGGCGAGGGGCAUGGGCAGCAUGUGCAAGCGGCGCAUACACCUCAGGAGACGACCGCAUCUAGCUCGGCGUAUCACCUUCAGCCGUUGUCAGGCAAGGAGCGCAUCGUCUCUCUCACUCCCUCGAUUCACGGCGCACCACCAGGAGACAGCACGCCGCGAAACUCAUCGUUCCCAACGCAUCACUCAAACCACUCCGUGUCGACGAUUGGUCCAGACGGGGCACACGUCUACGUCUGGCCUCCGACGCCUGAUGGGUCUGUGGCGUCGCAUGGGCCGCCGUUCGCAGGUGCACAGAGCGUGGGAGGUGGGCUCAACGUAAGGAAUACAGGAGGUGCCCAGCGUGCGGAGGCGGAUGCUGCGUCCAUCCACGAGUGGGAGGCGGUAUCGGACGAGGAAGACGAGGAUAGUGACGAAGAGGCAGAGAAAGCGGCGCAAGCCAUCUCUGGCCCCGUCAGCGUUUCAGACGCUCUUCGCGGCGGGCACCAAGCAUCCUCGACGGGCCAUCCAGCAGGUCGCCAACCACCGCCACCGCCGCCCUCAAGCAGGUACGGGGACCCCAACUCUGCCCUGCCACCGGGCUCGCAAAUAGGCAGGACACGCGCAGCAGCCAUCGCAGCGGCAGACGGGCGGGAGAGCAUCGUAUCUGACCUCGACGUCGAGACAUUGAGGCUGGAUGGCGGGUCGAGUAGGAGGGACAGCUCCAGUACGAUCGGCAGCAAUGCGACGGACAGCAGGAUGAGCGUGGGGACGGUGCGGUACGAUGAUGACGGGAGCGGUCGAGACUGGUAUGCGCAGCAGCAGCGCCCGCUAUCAUCCGCCACGAGGCCGGUCAGCGUAGACAGUACGCCGAUGGCCCGGCCAGAGCAGAGAAGAGGGAUGGGCUCGCACCCACCGCAGCGAGGUGGGCCUCACUUUACGCCUCCUACAAGAUCAGCAACCAUGCCUUCCCCUACCAUCGAUGCCAACGAUACGCCCACGGCUGUCAAUACGCCGCAGCGGCGUCAGCAGGCGCCACCGUCCUAUCCAGGUCAUCCCGCUCUCGGUUCACGUCCACCACCUCCCCUGCACGCAAAGAGCAGUACGGGCACGCCUGUACGCCCGCCUCUGGCAUCGCAGCAACAACAAGCUUCAGCGCGGUCAGCUUCAUCUGCCACGACGACCACGAUGUCCUCCUUCAAGACAGCCAGCAGCGGCCAUACCCACACAGCCUCCACUCCGUCCAGCAAGCCCUCCCGCCGCACCGGUACCGUGGGCCAAGACACGAAGACGGGUCCCUCAACAGCAGAGCACUUCCUCACGCAAGGGAUCGCCUACCACGAGCAGGGCGAUCUUUCUCGCUCCGCCUACUACUUUGAGCGUUCCGCCAAGGUGGACGGCGGGUGCGUCGUCGGGAUGUGCAUGUGGGGCAUGACGUUGCGCGAAGGGUGGGGGGCGCGCAAGGACCCUCGUAAGGGCUUCGAAUGGAUCCAGCGUGCGGCGGCGAAGGCUGGGGACCUGAUGAAAGAGGCAGGAGUGGCGCAACGUACCGAAGCGGAGCUGAAAGCUGUUCGUUCUGAGCUCAAGCUGUCCGUCUACGAGCUGGGCAAAUGCUUCUGCUACGGCUGGGGAGUGAAGCAGGAUAAGCCCAUGGCCCUCGAGUAUUUCGAGCUCGCAGCUAAGCUGGGCGAUGCGGAUGCGCAGGCUGAGGCUGGCGCGCUGUACGCAUCGGGAAAAGGAGGGUGUAAGAAGGACCUGAAGAAGGCCGCAGGGUAUUACAGGAUGGCGGCGAAGCAGGGGUAUGAUUUGAUUGGGUUGAGUUGGGUUUGGAAGAGCAAGUUUGAUUGAGCGGAGCGAGCUGCACAUGGACUCGACAUUAUCGAGUCGAGACGUGAGACAGUCUUGUCGAGGCGAGAGAGAGAGACGGUGUCAUAUCGAGGCAAACUCCUCUUCUCAUCGUAAAUGCAACCCACCACCGUGACACCGUAUUCCUCGUCCCCU